UGGUGGUCAAAAAUAUUUGCGUGCAUUUUUGCGGCAUAAAAACGACCGAUUUUGUUGUCUAAACAGAGAAAAACACGCCGGCUUGUGGUUCUGUUGAUGCAUAAGAAUCAGUAGUCAAAAUACAGCGUUUAAAUAGAAACCGUAAGCGCUCGGCGCAUGAAAAUCUCGAAGAAGAAGGCUCGGCUUUGCCUUCGAAAAUGAUGGCAUCCGGCGAUCAUCAGCGUUCACAUGGUUCAGAAGACAUGACGACGGGUGAAGGCCAUGCGGCGAAUGACGACGAAGAUCUGUCCCUGGAUGGUGUGGAGCUUGCUCCCUCUGUGGCAUUCUCAUCGUUAGCUGACCGAGAGGAAGCCGUGAUGAAAAAAGAAGGGGUGGAAGAAAAUUUUGAAGGGGAAGAAAAGUUGCAGUUAUCGGGAUCGAAUUUGCAGCUAUCAUCGGAUGAGAAGGAAGCUGGGACGGUCACGAUGGAACCUGGUGGUGUAGGAACACCAUCACCUGUAAAAGAUGAAACACUGAUUCUGAAGUCAAGCUGGACACAAACAGAGAAAGAUGUUGUAAUCACAUUGAUCGUUGGAUCAAAGUUGAAGUCCGAGUACAUGGAUGUUGCAUUCACAGAUGAUGGUGUUGAGGUCAAGUUAGUGGAUGGGAGACACUGGGAAUGUCAGUUUUAUGAGCCAGUUGUGAAACAGAUGAGUCGUGUUGCCUUUAAGAAUCAAAGCAUUAUACUCACGGUGAUGAAAAGGACUCUGGAUGAAUGGCCAUUGCUACAGCCUGAGGUGGAAUCUAAAGCAGAAAGUGGUAAACCACCCUACAAAAUAUCGCAUGCCAAGAACCAGUGGUAUGAGAAAGACCAGGAUGUGAUUGUGGUGAACAUGUAUGUCAAACAAGUCAUCAAGGAGACCUUAUCGGUUGUAUUUGAUGUGAGAACAUUGACCAUCCAGUUCCAAACAAGUGAUGCAACAUUCCUGAAGUUGUACGACCAGACCACCGUGGACACUAUGUUUUCCUGGACCCUAGAUCUUCGUUACUCAAUCGUACCAUCAGAAUGUAAAUACAGAUUAACGCCUGCUCUUAUAGAGAUCACAAUGAAGAAAAUGGAAACCAAACGUUGGGGAGCGCUGGAGGCUCCGUCUGCUAAAGAGGCGGCAAAAACUCCCUCGAACACAUGGAUGCCAGCAUCAAAGACGUCUGAGAUGAAAACGUCUGCUUCCUCUUCCACACUUUCCUCUAAAGCGGAGACGACAUCAUCCAAAGAUACCGGUUGCGCCCCUCCAAAACGAUCGGCCUCGUCUGAUUGGAUCCCACUAGACAACAAGGAAAACUCUCAAAAGCCAACGGCCAAAGUGUCUCCCCUAAACAAAACAACCAAGGAGAAGCCGAGUCUAGAUAUUGUGGUUAGCCCGGGGACAACAGGCUUGGAUAACUUGGGCAACACCUGCUUCUUGAACAGCGUCCUGCAAGUCCUUGCAAACACGCGAGAGUUGAGAGACUAUCUUCUAGAAUCCCAGUUCCAGAAGGAGAUCAACACGGAUAACCCGCUUGGCUCUGGUGGAAAGUUGGUGGUGGCCUUUGCUGUUUUGUUACGGGUGUUGUGGUCGGGGAAACAUUACUCAUAUGCUCCCUCAAAAUUAAAGAAUCUUGUUGCCCUAAAGGCCACACAGUUCACAGGGUUUGCUCAGCAUGAUGCUCAGGAAUUCAUGGCCUUCCUCCUUGAUGGUCUACAUGAGGAUAUCAACAGGGUGAGAGAGAAGCCGUACACAGAGACUGUAGACUCUGAUGGUCGGCCUGAUGAGGUCGUCGCAAAAGAAGCCUGGGAGGUUUAUAGAAAAAGGAAUGAUUCGUUUAUCGUGGACCUUUUCCAGGGACAAUACAAGUCCAAGUUAGUUUGUCCUGUUUGUGGAAAGGUUUCCAUAACGUUUGACCCAUUCCUCUACCUCUCUGUGCCCUUACCUAAGAAACAGCGCACUCUAUCUGUGAUUUUUGUAGCCAAAGAGGAGCGUAAACGACCCAUUCAAUACAAUGUCAGGAUCCCCACAGAUGCGACUGUUGAACACCUGAAGGAAGAUAUCUUUAAGAAAACAGGGGUCAAGCCCAAUGAUCUGCGAGUGUUCGAAGCCUACAGGAGCAAGAUCCAUAAAUUCUUUCCAAAGAAUUCAAGUCUCAGUCGCGUCUCAACUGAUGACAAGAUAUUUGUAUAUGAAGUCCUCUCCGAAGAGCUGGCUGGGGAACCAGUGUACGAAAUCGCAGUUAUACAGCGGACAGUCCUACCCAAUCAGAUGCCGACCAAAUGCUCUUAUUGCAAACGUCUCACUCCGGAGAACCAAAGUCUCAAACGCUGCAUGAAAUGUCUCAAAGUCGCGUACUGUGAUCAAUUGUGCCAAAAACAGCACUGGGAGAGCCACCGAAUGAACUGCAAGAGGACCCCAGAACCCGUUGGCAUGCCGUUCAUUAUAAGUGUGCCGGAAUCUCGGGCAACAUUGUCACAUCUUAUUCGGAUCAUGGAAGCCUAUGCCAGAAAUUCUGUUGAUGUUUUCCAACCGCCUGUCUCAGAGCAAAGUGUACAAAAACUUGGCCAAAAAUCUGCAUCAGCGACAGCCACCAUGUCCUCACAGUGCUCCGCGGAAAGUGGCGAUGACCAACAAGACAUAUGUGAUGCCACAUCGAUGAGCAGCUCGUCAAGUAUGACCGAAAUGGACGAUUUUAGCGAAAGGAAAGUCGGUGAUGAUGAUAAACCGGAUGCUGAAACGAGUAGCAUCGAUAGUGGCCACGCCACAAGUUGUGCAUCGUCGGGAAGAUCUUGGCAGAGCUUCCCAAGUGAAGAGAAGGAGUUGGCAUCCCCUGGCAGUACCAUGGGUGAUCUGGAAUCUCCAACAGGUGAUUCUGUGGAUGGCAUUCCCGAUAAGAAGUCCGUCCCGACAACUAUGGUGCUCGGAACACCUCAGAUGAUGGAAAGGCCUCAACCGCUCUUUCAUAUUCGACCAGUGAACGAGUUUGGGGAGUGUCUGAUGGGACCCGAGGGGGAAAGUUUGCCAGAAAAAGGUAACGAACCUCUGGAUCUCUCUGAUAAAACAUUCCUAGCUAUGGAUUGGAGGAACAACCCACAAAGGAUCAGUCCACGUGUGUUUAGCCCAGAGGUCCUUGUCCGCACAAAAAGCAUGUCUCUUGAUGAGGAUUGUGCGGCUACCAACACCCAAGAAGGCCGCGGUGAGAUCACGCUGGACCACUGCCUCAGCCUCUUCACUGAACCUGAAGUCCUUAGUCCAGAAGAAGCUUGGUAUUGUCCUCGAUGUAAAGAGCAUCGCGAGGCAACAAAACAAAUGACUAUUUGGAGUUUACCACACACGCUCAUCGUGCAAUUGAAACGAUUCUCGUUCCGGAAUUUCAUCUGGCGCGACAAACUGGACAAAAUGGUUACCUUCCCAACAAGGAAAUUGGACCUUUCAAAGUACUACAUGGGUCCACAACCAACGUCUGAACCGCCACCAAUCUAUGACUUGUAUGGUGUGGUCAACCAUUAUGGCGGUAUACUUGGUGGCCACUACACAUCAUUCGCUCGAUGUGCCGACCCUGUUCUCUGGAAUGCCAAUGAAAUUGGUUGGAGGCAAUUCGAUGACAGCCAUGUCACGUUAACCUCAGAGAACAACGUCAUGACACGCGCAGCCUACCUCCUUUUCUAUCGUCGACGUAGCCCGGUAUUUAAUCCUCAGCGCAGCCUUGGUGGAGAAGAGAUCCAGGAGGAAGAUAUUCGAACAAUUGAGGAGGAAAUUUCUAACUCUGCUCCUGUUCAAAAAUUGUCAGCUCCUCUUCCAAAGACGUCUGCUUCUGCUAGACUGUCGUCUGCUGGGAAAGAGGAGUGUUCCGUGGAGUUUGAAAAAAAGAAUUUAGGGCAGGAAAAUAUGGAAACGGACGAGAAGGCAAAGGUAUCUACUGAAUGUGAUAUUGAUGAUGAUGAGGAGGAAUUCUUUACUGCAUCAGACGUGAACACAAAGCUGGAUUUAUUCGGGGAGAAAGACUGUGAUAGUAAGCAGGGUGUUGCUCUCAGAUAUACGGACAUGGAUCUUGUGGACUGAUGAGUUUGGGCGAGCUUUAUUCUUGCAUUGACAAAGAAAUCAGUUUUUUGCGGAGGUGACUCUUGUUGGGCCCCAUCCCUUCCUAUAAAAGUAAAAGUAACAUGUCAAAAGUGUUAGAUGGAGUGUUCUUUUUGAGGAGCGUGUAAAAGUACAUGCAGAGCUGCUGAAAAUGAAUGAAUAUGAAGUGUUGAUUCUUACAUUCUUUUUAUUAUGUGGCUAUAUGAGGCUGAAUUCUAACAAAUCAGAAGAACCAUGGGAGGGUUUUGAGGAGAUCUUUCGAUGGGAGGGGCAUUCGACAUUGACCCUAAGGAAAGAAUAUUGGUUUCUUUGUCAAAGACUUCAUGGCUUCUGCUGCUGUGCCAAGAAACAGUACCAAAUGCGGAAAAAGUUGCCUGCCUUCUAUUUUUGUGUUUUACUUGUUCACAGAUACGUAUGCAAUCUCAAAAAUGUGAGGCCGUGAAGCAAUCUAUUUGAAGUCACUGUUAUCGAGUUGUCAAAAUGCAAAAAUUGCAAUUUCACAAAACCGAAAAAUAGAAUGACCAGAAAUGUUUCAGUAUAAAUUCAAUAUUUGUGUACUUCCAGUUGAAUGACCAAGCUAUUCUUUUUAUGGCAAAUAGUAAUAUUUUGGAAUAAAAUUGUGUAUUUCUUCAUAACUUCCUCUGACAUGUGAGUUCAACAAGCACAGUUGCAAAUCAGUUCUUCUACUGCCUGUUAGUGGCAUUGCAGAUUCAUCAGAUGAUACACUGUGGGGAAGUGAUUAAUGAGGAUGCAUGUUUUUGAUCUGAUCAAUAGCAUUUGACCAAAGGGACCAUGUAGUAUUAUAUUAUAGUUUCGCAGGUCUCAAUCUCCUCGUUAAACCUUUUAAACCGAUUGUAAGGCAAUUUAUUUCAGAAAAAGAAUCAAACAAACAUUCUUUUUCAAAUCACUGAGUUGUAUUCACAUGAUAUGUAUAUACAUGUAUAUAGGGCAAAAAUUAGAACAAAUGUACAAUUAUUUUUAGGUGAACUAUUUUGGUCAAUUCACUCUACCACUUGUGUGACCUUGUCACAAUUGUCAUGUGGUGGCGACGCGGACUGAUACGACAAAUGGCAUUAUAGAGGGACUACAUGUUCUUCCCCAAAUCUUGUUCCUAAGUGGACCCUCUAACGUUUACAGUGGUGUCAUUAGUUCCACUAUUUUGAGUCCAGCACCUAAAAUAUGUUAACUUUUUUGUUUGAUUUAGAUUUAGUUACCUGUGUGUGCUGAUCACUUUGUGGUCACAUUUUCUCACAAUGUUCUUGUUUGUUUGUUUUUGACAUGUUUAGUUGUUAGUUUGUGCUUCUUGCCAAAGUUUCCUCUCUCCAGAAUCAGUUAGCGAAUAAAGAUGCUGUGGA